AUGGAAGAGGUGGCGAAAGAGAAGGCAGGCCUUGAGGACAAGAUCAAAGACCUUCAGGGCAAGAUCAAAGACCUUCAGGGCAAGAUCAAAGUGCUUGAGGUCAAGAUCAUAGAAGUUGAGGACAAGCUCGAAGCGGAAGAAGAUAAGGAGGAGCGGAGCUAUCUGCGCGCAAAAGAGUUGGCCCUGGACAGGCAGCUUGCGGGCCUGCAGGAACAGCUUGCGGAGCUCCUGAAGGAGAAGAAUCGCCUUGCGGGUGGUGACAGUGCUAUGGAUGCACUGGUCAUGAAGGUCGCCAGGGCAUUGAUAGGGGUGAAGGCGGUGCUCAAGCCGGUGCUCAAGCCGGUGCUCCAGCAUGCCUACAGGCCACGGUCAAACUCUUCUGUGGAGUCCGAGUACCGCCCGGCUGCAUUGCAGCACUACACAGGCGAGCUGCAGCCACGAUAUGCCAUGUGUGCAGUGUCAGGUGUCCAACUGCCAUUGCAGGAUGUGACUGCCAGCCACAUCUACCAGAGGUGGUGGCCCCCCAUGCAGCCAAACAGGCCAACAUAUAGGUACUUAUUGCUUAUUCCUUGCGUGUGUGAUGCCAGCAUUAGAGACCUUAAGGUUGAAAUGAAAGAUGUCAAGAUCAACGACCCAUGCAACAUUCUGCUCAUGCACUGCAACAUCAAGAAGCACUUUGACAGCUUUGUGUUCACGGGAAGCACACCUGUCAUCUCCAUCACUGCAGUGUGUACCAAACUGUCUAUAGCUGAUCCCCACGACAAGGUGGAGAGUGCUUUUGCCGUAGCACCCCAGAAGCAGCUGAAGCUGUGA